AUGAAUUUUGCACUGAGCGACGAAGGGCUCAGACCAAGCGAGUCGAAUGGUCCGACCUUUGAAGACUUGGCGAUUGAUGAUAGUCUGACUGACUUGCAGCGUGUCACCAAGUAUGUAUGCAGCAACAUUGCACUUCAGCGCGUUAUCCACGUCAAGAUGCUGCAUGAGACGGCAUUGUCUGUCGGAUUUCAAGCCACAUGCGAUCAAUUGUUGCCUUUAUUAGAGCCUUUAGUCUGCGAUGUUGAAUACGUUGUGCGUCAACAUGUAGCGCUACAAUUUCCUUUGCUUUGCCAGUUUUUGGUCGAGGCAAAUGUUGACGUUGGGUACAACUUGUUGCUAGAGAAAUUAAUUCCAUUAGUCAGUAAGCUUGUAUCAGACGAUCAACAUGAAGUGCGCUCUGCAGCAAGUGAGAGCCUAGUCGAGAUGGCAGCGUUAAUAAAGCAAGAAGAUCAAGGACAACAUGUGCUGACCAUUGUGUUACCAUUAGCACAUGAUGAUGACAACGAACAGUUUCGAAUUUCUGCCGUAUCACUAUACAAUGGACUGGCCGAGCAUUUUGGAUCGGAAUUGUGUCAACAAUUUUGUGUUCCAGAGUUAAUUUCACUUUCUGAAGACCCCGUGUUUCGAGUUAGAAAAUCCACAGCGUUGAGUUUUCCAAAUGUAUGUAAGACGGCUGGAGUUGAAAUGAGUCGAGAGAGGCUCAUUCCGGUUUUCUUACGAUUGGCAAAAGACGAUAUUUGGGGCGUACGCAAGGCGUGUGCUGAGUGUUUCGUUAAUGUUGCACUGGCGCUAGCACCGGUUGAUAGAGGGCCACUGUUGAUUCCAUUACUUGAAAGUUUCAUUAAUGAUUCAUCAAGAUGGGUUCGCAUGGCAGCGUACCAAAGUUUGGGACCAUUUUUGGUAGCACUGCCAUAUGAUCAGAUCACAGAUGAAUUAGUUGGUCACUUUACGAGCAUGGCAACAACAGCAGCUUCAAAGUUGGGUGGAAGUGGUGAAGUGGACAUCAAAUUUCAUUGUGCAUUUAAUUUUCCAGCCUUAGUGAGUAUACUUGGUGUCAGCGGCUGGUUAAAACUCUCUCCAACGUUUGAAUUGCUCCACAAUGAUACUUAUUGGAAAAUUCGGCGAUCGUUUGCUUACUCUUUACACGAAAUGGCACGGAUACUCGGCCAAGGCAUUACUGAAACACAGUUAGCUACAGCAUUCGACAGUUAUCUUCGUGACGUUCAGGAUGUGCGGCUUGGUGCAAUGCUGCACUUUGCCGAUUUUCUGGAAAAUGUAUCGCCAUCGUUUCGUGAAAGUUAUUUACCUGUGCUUGAAGAAUUUAUUUCAGACAAUGACAUCACAAAAUGGAGAUUUCGUGAAGUGCUGAGUGGUCAGCUAGCUCGAUUAUGUCGUACUUUUACACCGGGGGCGACAUUUUCAGUGAUAAAUCCACUGAUACAAAAGCUUAUAACUGAUCCGGUCUACGUUGUCCGAGAACAGAGCUAUCAUGCAUGUCCAUUGCUAGUAGCUCGUCUGAGCUCAAAUCCAGAGUGGCUGGAUUGUGUCGUCGACAAGUUUGUUACGCUUGCUAAAUCUUCUCAUUAUCAGGAUAGACAAUGCUAUGCAAAGGUUUGUGCGUCUUUUUUGUCAACAAAUUUUCGAGAUCAAAAUUGUGGCGAAACCACGAAGGACGCCAAUUUGCUUGAGGAAGCUCGCGAUUUUUUUCUUCUUAAGCUUGCAGUCACAUUUUUCACAUUGGCUUUGGAUCCUGUUUCGAACGUUCGCGUGGUGUUCUGUGAGAUCGUUUUUCAUAAUCAGCAAUUGUGUCGAGAUCAUCCUGAGUGUCUUGAGUCCUUGCGAGAGAUUUUAACUGCUUCAACUACUGUUUCCGCCGAUGAUCUCACUGCUGCUUUGACUGAUCUGGUAAAUAAACGCCUCGAAGCACAUGUCAUGGAGGUCAAAAGUACAAAGUAUGAUAGGAUUUCUUCUACUACGGAAGCUGAACAAAUAACAGGUGAAAACGCCGCUGAACCGAAAGCAAAAUCCUACGAGCCACCAGAAGCUGCGUCAGAUGUAAAAAAUGCGAAUCAGAAUUCCGAAGAUCUUGUUCUUGUAGAAAGACUGUCAGCAGAGCUUGACGCAUCGUCCGCCCAUUCAACAGCAUCUCCACCAGUGGAUGCAGAAAACGCGUCGGAGCCUGCAUCUUUGCUUCAAAUGACCGACUCGGAUAAAUUUGCUGGACACACGCCAGUGCAGAGCGUUCAAGCAGGGACUUCUGAGUUAGUAGUGCCGCUGACUAACGAGUUACUUGAUCUUGUUGUUUCAACGGAGCUACCGAUGUCCUCCGAUACUAAUAGCGAGGGAUCGAAUUCGUCAAGCGUGGACGCAGUACGAGUAUCAACAUAA